CGUUGUGUGCAGGCCAGGCCCUUCGGAGUGCAGUGGAGGCUCUGUCGCUAGACGGGCGCGAGCUGUCAGUUACGGCUUGUCUGUCGAGACUCUGUCCCAAGGUUGACGAGUUGUAAAAACCCGACUCGACGUAUUAACCUCACCUGCAACCGCCCAAGAAGGCAAGCCAGGGCUGCGGCGUGCGAUAUAGCGGGACCGGAGCCUUCGGUCCCUUCAAUUCUGUACUGUGUCGCGCACGGAUAACAUGGUCCAGAGUGGGCGGUUGUGGUGGGCGGUGAGCCUGUUGGUGAUGGCGGUGGGCGUGGCGGAGAGCACGGGCGUAGUGGACAUGGAGGUGUGUCGCCACGGUUGCUCCGCCGUGCCUCAGGACCUGUGGCCGUACUGCUGCGAGUCCCACAAUACGUGCUGUCAGGAAUUCGCGGAUUCGUGCGUGCACGACUGCCUUCCCCGAGUGAACUCCGGGGACGUGAGUGUAGUGGAGGAGCGCCCCGGCCUCUGCUGCGCCCUCUACAACCUCUGCUGCUUCCGGGAGACGCCCCGCAUCUCCCCCAAGAGGAAGAACGACGGCCCUCCGCCCAGCAUCCCCAUCGUCCACCGGUUCAGCUUCCCGACGUCCGUCAGCCAGCAGAGGGCGCACUCCUCCCCCGCCCCCGCCGCCCGGCCUCCGGCGCCCCGGGACGAGCAGCCGCGGGAGCCGCCCAGGAAUACGAACCCCAAUCGCCCCCAACUGCCCAGGAAGUUGCCCGGCAGACCGAGGGACUCCGAUGACGACCAAGACGCACGACCCAACUUCGCGAGUGGACCCAGACGCCCUCAGCUCCCCAGGAAACUUCCCUUCAGGCCCGACGACUCCGAGGGUCCCCAACCACCAAGGAAGCUCCCGAACAGACCCAGCGACGCGGACAGACCCCAGCCCAACAGACCCAACAGCUCGGACAGACCCCAGUUCUUAAGUAAGCCCCAAUCAGAGCCACAGACCCCAAGAAAACCGGUCCCCACCAGAGCCGAAGGCCUCGCUGGCCCACAACCUGCCAGGAAGAUCAAGGUUCGGCCUCGUCCCCAGCAGAGAAACGACGUGGAGCCGGAACGCGCCGAGCCCGAGGAACUGCCAGCGCCAGUGCAGACUGCUGAGCAAGAGGACAGACGAGGCCCGUCAGGUGUUGAAGAAAUCAGCGCUGACCCAGAAGGGGAAACUGCGCCACUGCCAAUUCCUCCAGCAGUGGAAAGGACGCCAAAGAUCAUCUCGGUCGAAGAGAGGCCGGCGCCGCAGCGGACAGCGCCUCAGCGGACAGCUCCGCAGCGGACGGAGGCAGCGGUGAUCGAGCUGGCGGAAGAACCCUUGGUCGAUGACUUUGUGCUCCUCCCAAACCCCAUCACCCAGGGCCAAGUCGCUGAGCCGGCCGAGAGCGUGACGCCCCCGCCAGCCAUCUCCCCAGAGGACAUCCCCACUUACCUCCCUAUCGAAAUCCCUCAAGAUUCCAGCGCCCCACCUACUCCCUCUGGACGAGGGGACGUCUUCGAAGCCCCACAGCUUUCCCCCGAAGUCCAAACAGCACCUGAGCCCAGCGAGGCCCCAGCAGGCAGCCCUGAACCCUCCCUGCCCAGCCCUCAGGAGCCCGAGGAGGCCCAGUCUCCCGACCUCACCGACGUCCCCGCCCCUCCUGCCGCCGCCACGAGAGGAAGAGGCACGAGGACCCGCGGGAGGGCAAGAGGCUCUCGAGGAAGGGCGAGAUCCGACACAGGCGCUGAGGAGGCUGCAAGUAAAAGAAGCCGUGGCUGAAGGCCGAAGGCGCCGGAUCACGGAGGUCGACCCAAUGCCAUCUACUGCUAGGAUUGCCACGGGCUUCCUUGGCGACGCGUCCAUCUUACAAAUAUUCUGAAAUGUUACAAAAAAAGGGUGUUACAUACCGAGUGUACAUAUGCAAUAUUUUGAUACUUUAGCACAGCAUUUGUAGAAAUCUGCUUGGCAUUGUUAUCGUGUAAAUAAUACAUGCACAUCGAUCAAUCUAAAUUGUAUGUAUAUGUCUGACAAGCUUUAAGAGACUGUUUGCUUCAUUAUUGUUAUCGCUCUUUUACUUUCAAAAGCUUGCUGCAAAACGGCAUUUUUCGAUCAGCUGUUCUUGGAAGAUACGAGAAGCCAAAAGAAGCCUUGUGUUUACAUUUUACAAUUAUUCCAACGUGUCUGCAUUCAUAGUUUGUGAUAUAUUGCUUCCGUCUCUUUGGCUUUUCCUUUUAUACUGAUCUUAAUUCUUAUUGUGCCAAAUUCAUUUACUUUUCUAAUAUAUAAAAAUCACAUGUUUAAUUACAGCCUCUUAUAUUUGUUGCUAGACGGAUUCUCUUGCAUUUUAUACAUGAAAUUUCAUUAUAUAGUUUGUAUAACUUACUGUAUCAGUAGAAAAUUACAAAUGGAGAAAUGACAUGAAUAAAAAAGAAUGGUAGAAAAAAAAAACACUUUACAAGAAUCUUGUGCUUCGUUUUUUUCUUUUUUUGUAAUUUUCAUUCAUAACUUUUCUACGCAGGUCAGUAGAAAGUGGCAAAGAAUAUAUGUCCAGUUUAAUAUAUUCUGUUUAGAUUCCCUAAUCCUUCAAAAAAACAGUCGUAUGGAUAUAUUGAUUUUACUCAUUGAUGUUCACUGAAAGAUGUUCUGUUCAACAACCAAUUCUUCCCGAACUGAAAAUAAAGAACAGAAGCUAUUAACUUCAAUAGACAUUCAUUUGAUACUGUUAAUCUACCCGAAAGCAGUGGAAUAACAUUUCCACUCAUGCUAAACCUGCCAUCUUAUGUAAAUUUAUUAUCCACAAUAAAUACUUUACAUCGAUA